AUGGCCGCCUCGUCCGCAUCGGCGGGAAUUGCGGAAGUAUUGAUCAGCUUUUAUAGAUGUGGCGAGGAAGAUGCUUUUGAGAGACAUCGCAGUAGAAUUCCAAUCGGUAUAGACCAAAGAAAUCUAACGGACGCCAGGAAGCAUAUGAUCAACUUUCUUGGUAUUUCGCAAAUGGCUACGUCGCUGGGUAUGGGAAAUUUCGAGCUGAAACUGUACCGGCUGGCCAGGAGUGCUCACGGGAAAACGAAGAAUUUACGUAUCCUUACGCAACAACAGUGGGAGAUGGAAGUGCCACUCCUUGUUUCUGACGAAACCCAAAGUGAACUCAAUAUACAUGUGGUACAGAAAAUAAUUAAUUGGUCAGACAAGAAAAUGGUGCUUGUACCGGGUGUGAAGCAAACUCCUAAAGAACCUCUUGGUACUUCAACAAGUUCUUCAGAAGAUAAAGAUCCAGAAAUUGCCAUCAUAGACAAUGAGCCUGGAGCAUCAGAUUCUGCGAGAAAUAGAAGUAGGAAAAGAAGACAAGAAUGUCUGGAAGAUAAAGAACUAGUUCAAAAUAUUUUGCGAGACAAUAAAGUUGUGAGAAAUGUGCGUCAGAGGCAUGAAUUAGAUGAGCUUCAAGCAGACUUAGGGAAGCUUGCUGGAAGCUCAGCUCUUAAUGAGGUGAAAUUUACUUGUGGAGUCUGCAAGAAACCGUAUUUUAUCAGUACUAAGUCCAGCAGAACCACCCAAGGGAAGGUCAAUUACUUCAAAAUCACACAUUUCAAUAAGUGCCAAAGAAAUUACGAGAAAGCACAGCGUUUAGUGAAAAACAACCACACCCUGGACAGCCUUUGGAAAAAAGGAAAUUGUGAACGACUUUCUUCAGCAUCAAGCAGCAAUUCCAUGUCACAAGAUGAGCAGGAGGACUUUACUGGUGCUGAUGCCAUAGAAACAGGCUCUGACAAGUAAAAACCUUACUGAAGAAUAUAUUGUUGUAUAAAAGAACUUUUUUUUGGAUGAAAAUCUAGAUUAUUAUAGAACUCAUGCAUAGACAUGUCAUUACCAUGUACCAAUAGAUAAUAUUUGUUGUACACACAAAGAUUGUUUAGCUUUUUCCUUAGAUCUCAAAACCAAUGUCUUUGACCAGCAUUUGUAGUACUGCUGAUAGAGUCUUAAUGCAUAGUUUUUGU